GAAGGAGGCGGAGCGGCGGCUCCGGGGCGGCGGAGGCAAGGCAAGGCAAGGCACAGCGCGGGCACCGGCAGGAUGGGCGGCAGGAGCAGCAGCAGCAAGAAGGCGGCGGCGGCGGUGCUGGGCGCGCUGUGCCUGGCGGCCGUGGUGGGCCUCCUGCUCCUUUGCCUCUCCAGCAGGAACCUGCGCGAGCCGCCCGUCUUCAAGUAUGGGAUCGUUCUGGAUGCGGGAUCUUCCCACACUGCCAUGUUCGUGUAUAAAUGGCCAGCAGAUAAGGAGAAUGACACGGGGAUCGUCAGUCAACAUAGCAUGUGCGAUGUGGACGGGGGCGGGAUCUCCAGCUAUGCCGCAGACCCCCCUGCAGCUGGCCAGAGCUUGAAGGCGUGUCUUGACCAGGCGCUGGGUGAUGUUCCAAAGGAGAGGCACGUAGCUACCCCACUGUACCUUGGAGCCACGGCUGGCAUGCGCCUGCUCAACCUCACAGACCCCAAGGCUUCAGACAGUGUGCUUGAAGCUGUGACCACCACCAUGAAGCUGUACCCCUUUGACUUCCGGGGAGCAAGGAUUCUGAGCGGAGAGGAUGAGGGCGUCUUUGGCUGGGUAACGGCUAACUACCUCCUGGAGAACUUCAUUAAGUAUGGCUGGAUUGGGCAGUGGAUCCGCCCCAAGAAGAGGACCUUGGGGGCCAUGGACCUGGGGGGAGCCUCCACACAAAUCACCUUCGAGACCCCGGAGGCGAUUGAGAGCCGCCCUGCCAACGAGGUGACACUGCGGCUCUAUGGGCAGACAUACAAAGUGUACACUCACAGCUUCCUCUGCUAUGGCAGGGACCAGAUCCUCAAGAGGCUUCUGUCCAAGGUGCUGAAGGCUGAAAGGCACAUCCUGCAGGUGAACAACCCCUGCUGGCCCAGAGGUUACCGGAGAAACUUCACGAUGGAGAGUGUCUACGACUCCCCUUGCACUGUUGCUGAGAAGCCAGCCAGCUACUUCCCCUCCGCUAUUGUGAUCAUGAGUGGCUCUGGAGACGCGGCCCGCUGCCGCCAGCAUGUGGAGAGUCUCUUCCAGUUCACCCCCUGCCCUUACUCCCGCUGUUCCUUUGACAAGAUCUUCCAGCCGAGCGUCACGGGAAACUUUAUCGCCUUUUCUGCCUUUUUCUACACGGUGGACUUCAUCCAGUCUCAGAUGAAGAGACAUGUGGACACGCCGAGAGACCUUGAGGACGCUGCAAUUGAUAUAUGCAGCGCAACAUGGCCUGAGCUCCUUGAGAAAGCGCCAAGCCUGGAGAAGAGGCUUCCUGAUUACUGUUCCGCCGCCACCUUCGUCUACCUCAUCCUCAUGCAGGGCUACAAAUUUGACAACGACACUUUCCCCAACAUUGCUUUCCAGAAGAAGGCUGGGGACACGUCGAUUGGCUGGGCCCUGGGCUACAUGCUGAACCUCACCAACAUGAUUCCGGCUGAGGAGGUCGGCUUCUGGAAGGGCACAGAGUAUGGCCCUUGGGUUGGCCUCGUCCUCCUCUUUGUCGCCAUCAUCCUGGUCACUUUGGUGACCAUCUUCUGCCUGCUGAGAUCCUCCAAGGGACGUGGAACGAUGUAGAGGCAGCACUGAGCACAUGGCAGCCCAGCCUGGUGGGGUUUGUGCAAGGAUGCUGGGCAAGGCUGCACUGGGGGGUGUCCUGCUGUCCCUGUUCUACAUCCAACCUCUCCCCAUGUAUCGUUGGCUUGGGUCCUUUCUGGAGAUCAGAAUCCACUGCCUCCUGUGGCUGCCCCCCAAAAAAACCCUGUAACUGCAGCUUGGAGAGAGAGGAGGCAGAAAUGGACUCUGGAUAAAAGAACAAACUCUCUGAGGGUUAUGAAGAACAAGCCCUCCUCUGGAUCCUGGAGUGCUCCAGCCUGAGCGAUUUUCCUCCAUCUUUUGCCUCCAUGCUGAAGUCCCAGUGAAAAUCACGACUUCAAGAAGAGAAGGCGUCGUUGUUGUUUUAAAAAACAAGGACUCCUAUUUCAUAGGCAUGUUUUUCUGGACUCUGCCCACCCCGCUGCUCUGCUUGUAUAUCUGUUUCUUUUUGGGGCUCCGGGACCCUGAGUUAGAUUUAUAUUUAUGUAAGGAUCUGUCAUAAAUGCUUUCUCCUUGGCAAGGCUUGAGCCCCCGUGAAGGAGUGUAGGGAAGGAGCAUUGCUGUUAAUCUCAGUUAGAUUUAAAUUGCCAAGGUUGGAAAGUGGGCGUGGCAAUUCCACAGGGUACAGCUGGGUCACAAACAGCUGCCAGUCUUUGUCAAAAACUGUUUUAAAGAAGAAGCUUGUUUACAAAAAAAACAAACCCAGUGCUGGCUCCAUGUCGGUGGAACAGGGAAAUCCACUCUAGGUUUUAGCCUUAACUUCCAAGGAGCUGUCCAAGGUGCUGAAGCACCUCCUUGGAAGUUGAGACUGAAACCUGGAGCGGAUUCCGCUGACCCACUGACACAGAGCCAACUGCUGCCACUGCCAAAAAAUGUAGAUGGUCUUAAGGCGGAGCAGCAAAUGUUGCUUCUCCUCACGGCAAGGUACAGAGUAAGGCUGGUCGUGUUAUUUUGGCACCUGAGGCUCAUCUCACAAUCCCCCCCCUUCUUCCCCACACAUCCUUAGCAGCAAAAAUGCUGUCAGAAUAAGUGAACAAUCUCCUGGGAUGUUCAAAUGAGAUAAUAUGAGUUGCCGCCCUUGAGAAAAUGGAAAUGGACUGCCUUCAAGUCGCUCCCAACUUAUGGCGACCCUACAAAUAGGGUUUUCAUGGUAAGAGGCAUUCAGAGGGGGUUGGCCAUUGCCUUCCUCUGAGGCUGAGAGGCAGUGACUGGCCCAAGGUCACCCAGUGAGCUUCAUGGCUGUGUGGGGAUUCGAACCCUGGCCUCCCAGGUUGUAGUCCAACACUCUAACCACUACGCCACACUGGCUCUCCUCCUUUGAGAAGGCAUCCUUUCUUUAUGCUUCCUCUCCCAAGAAAUCUAGGUGAAUCUAUUGACAUUAUGAACUCAUCGGCCAAACUCUUAUUGUAAGGGGGAGCCAAUGUGUCACAAGACCCUCCCUGGUACGGUAGUGCUGUUCUCCCGCCUCCCUGAAAGAUUUUUCCAGAGCUGAGUGUUGUGGGUCGAUCUGCUUCCUUUUCUGUGGGCAGAGUCCAAGCAGUCCUCCAGGUCAUCUGUCCGAGAUCCCUUGCCAUCCCUCUGUAACAGGGCCAGCUCCGUCCCGUUUGCCAAAAAAGGGAUUGUGCAAAAAUAUCCCUUUCUUGUUUUGAAAGUGGGGAAAUCAGACUCUGAAUUUGGCUUCCCGCAGUCACUGCAGGUUCCCUCCCCCCCAUUUUUCUGGGCCGAACUCAGGAAGAGAGUGAGAAGCUGUAAAGCAAUGGUUGGUUACUGACAGUCUAGAAAAGCCCCAGGCGUGGUAGUAAUUGCAGAAGGGAUGCAGGCAGCUGUGUCUGGGCUGGCUUUGACCGCCCAGAGAGCUGGCCUGUCCUACCACUGGGCAGAGUGAAGCAGCCGCCUCAAGGAGCAGAGAGGAGCUAUGUGUACCAGGCAGCCUAAGAAAGGGGCUGUAGCUCAAGGGGAGAGCGCUGCUUUGCAUGCAGACGGUCCCAGGUUGAAUCCCAGCGGCAUCUCCAGGUAGGGCUGGGGUUGUCCCCCGCUUGGAACCCUGGAGAGCCACUGCCAGUCAGUGUAGGCUAUACUGAGCGAGAUGGAUCAAUGGCCUGACUCAGGAUAAGGCAGCCUGCUAGGUUGCUGCCUUGCUGUGCCCCCAAAAGCUAAUUUGCUGUCCUCAGGUACCAGGCAGGAAUAUGCCCCAUUGCCAGGGCUGAAGUGAGAUUAAGCAGCUAGUCCAGUGAGGCAGCUUGUCCUUGACAGCAAAGUGUCUUGGGCUUAUUAGGGUGGCCUGCAAAGACUGCAGCCAGUUGCAAUCUCCAUUGAACUCCGUGGGACGAACUCCUGAGUAGGCAUGCAUAGGCAUGUGCCACUGAUGGUCAUUGCUGCUUGCCAGGGAACCCUGCAAUGUCCUCAGUGAAAGCAGGGGUGCAGUCAUCCAGGGUCUUGGGGGGGCUCUUAGAUCCCUUUCAUUUUUGGAAGCCAGGUCCCUAUGUCUCCAGGAUCCUACGAGCCAAUCAGCAUGAAAGGGGAGAGUGCUGGCCACAGAGAAGUGUCUUCUAGCAUGCUUCCUUGUCUUUUCCUGCUGAUUGGGGCCAAUCAGAGUGAAAGGAGGUGAGUUUGCCACAGAGAAGACUCUUCUCGGCAGCAAACAUUCUCCCUUUUCGUGCUGAUUGGCUUCUAAGGAUGCUUGUUGUUGUGGCAAAAGAUGUGAACAAGGAUCUCCUUCUCAACCCUGCAGCAAAAAAUAAAGGUGGGGAGAGCAUGACUGGUUGUAACAUGAAGGGACCCUGCACCUUCUGAAUUUGCCACACGACUGGCUGAGAGGUGUCUGAAACAGGAAUGGCAGUUCCCAGGAUUCUUUGGGAGAAAUUGAAGUGGCGAAAUGCCAUUUUUUCCCCCAUGAAAAUUUGCCCUGCCAAAAUUCCAGGUGGGACAGAUGGAAAAUUGCGUUUAAAUAUGCAACCUUGAUUUAAUGUAUGGCGGCGAGGGGAGGGGGCAGGAGAGAAAAACAGGGAACGAUGAGAAGAGAAAGAAUGGAUUUUUAAAAAGAGAAAACGAAUUUAGAAUAUAAUUUACUGAGUUAGCUCUACACUUAAAGCUCUACAUCAGAGGCUUGGUGAGUGCAAGACUUGGAGAUCUGACAUCUCUCCUUCUCCCCCCUCCCUGCCCUUUCAACUUUUGGUUGUUCUUACAUUAAAUCAGUGGCGGCUGGUGGUUCCAUGUCAGUAGACUCCAUUCCAGGUUUUAGUCUGAACUUUCAAGGAGCUGUCCUUGCACCUUGAACAGCUCCUUGAAAGUUCAGACUAAAAUCCGGAGUGGAUUCCACUGCCCCACUGAUGUGGAGCUGCCAGUGCAUUAAAUACUUCCCCACCAAGGAGCACUCAUAGCAUGGGAAAAUAUUUCUCCUUGUGCUUUUAUUGGUUCCUGCCCCCCAAUGCUCAUUAGCAUCAUCUGUAUUCUUAAAACAGUAUGCAACUCUGUGUGUGUGUGUGUGUGUGAGAGAGAGAGAGAGAGAGAGAGAGAGAGAGAGGGAGAGGGUAAAGGUGUCCCUGCACUUGUAGUGCGAGUCGUUUCCGACUCUUAGGGUGACGUCUUGCAACGUUUACUAGGCAGACCAUAUAUAUGGGGUUGGAUUGCCAGUUCCGUCCCCGGCCUUUCCUUACCCCCCAGCAUAUGCCGGGUACUCAUUUUACCGACCACGGAUGGAUGGAUGGAAGGCUGAGUGGACCUCGACCCCUUUUACCGGAGAUGCAACUUCCUUCUUCCGUUGGAAUCGAACUCUGGCCGUGAGCAGAGCUUCGGCUGCGUUACCACUGCUCACCACUCUGUGCUACGGAGGAUCUUAGUAUGUAUGUGUAUGUGAGUGUGUGUGUGUGUGUGUGUGUGUGUGUGUAUAAAUAUAUAUAUAUAUAUAAGAUGGGUUUGCAUUUGGUCGCUUCUUCUGCUAAAGAAAAAUGCUACUUGGCUUUACAAAUAUAAAAUAAAAAUAUUAUGUGGAUGCCAACACUUGGUAUCUUUUGCUGAGGAGUUGUUGAUGGCUUCAUGGCCGUGAUUUCACUGCAAACUCCUGUGAACAGCAAUGUUAGCAUCACGAGAGUCAAAAACUAUUUUCUGCCAUUAGCAACCAAUGCUUUAAGAAAUGGUUUCCAGACACAUUCACUGGUAUUAGGGACAGAAGAAUCUGUUAAUUUUAGUUUCUCAUUUUUCCAGUCUUAAAUUCAUCUGCCCCCAUUUUGUGAUUUUUUUAAAAAGACAGCCCACAUUAAAUUUCUUAUGCAUUUGCAUGCAUAUUUCUCCUAAAAUACACAUCCUUUACACAAUUUUACCUAUUAUACACAUUUUUCCCAGCCAAAUGGAAUGCAAUUUUGCACAUUCCUUUAAUAUUUUUACACUCACUUUCCCUGAUACAUUUUUGUACAAGUUUCGGUUGGUGAACUGCAUCACAAAGUUGGGAAAAUAUUUUGUGAAUUUUGAAAGCUGCAUCUCAGUGUUUGUAGGUGAAUUGGUUCAGUAAGUGCAAAUUGGGAAGGCUCCCAGUCAAAUGUGAACUGAAACAAUUUCCCCCCCUCCCCUAAGCAGGAAUAUCCUGCGUUUUGCAAAUGUGUAGUGGCGCACACCAGGAUUUUGGACCUGUUACAAGGUGGUGUUUUGAAACGCUCGAAAUGUCGUGACGAAGGAUGAAUUUGCCGAAAGAUGAAUUUGCCAACCCUGAGUAGGGUUGCAGAAGCUGGCCAGGGAUUUGGGUAGAGCAUUAUUCUUUGAACCAGUGAUGCCAGGGAUUGAAUUUGGGAUCCUCUGCAUUCAGAGCAGGGGUUCUACCACUGAGCUGAUAAAUUAGAUUAUUAGUCCAGGAGUGGGUAACCUUUUUUGCAUCCUGAGGACUGUGUUUCCUGAUUGGCAACCUUGGGGAGGGGCACAUGCCAGUGGUGGGAGGAGCCAGAGAUAAAAGUGGGUGGGGCAAUGGAUGUGACUCUUACCUUUGUAUAAUUGGCUACACUCCUGCCAAGCAAAGGUCAGAGCUUUCUACCCACACAUCCAGUUUUGCUCCAUGCAGGAAAGGGGGCACUGUCGGAGUUUGGGGGCACAUUCCAGCCAGGCAGAAAUAUUUGAGAAGGACGCAGCACAAGGCUUGUGACAGAUGUGCUCUGGGGCAGGGCCAGAUUAAGCUGAGGAGGGCCCCUAGGCUGAUUGGUGUUUGGGGGGCCCUUCUCCUCUUAGGCAAUAUUUUUCUCAAACCCCUUACAAUGAACCCUGCCUAUACAUACAGUAUGCACGCUACAAACCGUGAAGUUUAAAAACAGCGAUCAAUACUAAAUAUCAGCACAGUGUGCAGGCGCAGUAAAAUUAUGGAAAAUAAAAUGUUUAAUGGACCGUUUUUAUUUGGCU